UUUAAUGAUUCACAGGCAGAAAAAAUCACCCGUUUCAAAGAGUUUGAGAAGUAAAACCCAACAAAAGAAUCGGCGCCAUGUCAGGAAGACCAAUUUGUCUUGCUGACUUUGAACAGCAUGCUAAGCAAGUUCUUCCCAAAUCGGUGUAUGAUUAUUACAGGUCUGGGGCAGAUGAUCAGCAAACAUUAACAGAAAAUGUAGCAGCAUUUUCCAGACUGAAACUGUAUCCCCGGAUGCUGAGGGACGUGUCUGCUGUGAACCUGUCGACUUCCAUCUUGGGACAGCGAGUCAGCAUGCCGAUAUGUGUCGGAGCAACCGCCAUGCAGCGUAUGGCUCAUGAAGAUGGUGAGACAGCUACGGCAAGAGCUUGCAGAUCGAUGGGCACGGGGAUGAUGCUGAGCUCGUGGUCCACGUCCUCCAUCGAAGAAGUUGCGCAGGCAGCUCCAGAGGCAAUUCGCUGGAUGCAACUUUACAUCUAUAAAGAUCGGGAGGUCACCAGGUCCCUCGUGCGGCGUGCAGAGAAAGCUGGCUACAAAGGCAUCUUUGUGACUGUGGACACGCCCCUUCUCGGCAAACGUUUAGAUGAUGUACGCAACAAGUUUCAACUCCCUCCACAUCUGAGAAUGAAAAAUUUUGAAACAAAUGAUCUGGCGUUUUCAUCUGAGAAGGGCUACGGAGAAAACAGUGGCCUGUCUGUUUAUGUUGCGGAAGCAAUUGAUCCGUCGAUUAAAUGGGAGGAUCUCAAGUGGCUCAGAGGUCUGACUACCUUGCCAAUUGUUGCUAAAGGCAUCCUCAGAGCUGAUGAUGCUAGGGAAGCAAUGAAGCAUGGCGUAAAUGGAAUCCUGGUAUCGAACCACGGGGCACGCCAGUUGGAUGGGGUUCCAGCCACGAUUGAGGUCCUACCUGAAAUAAUAGAAGCCGUGGAAGGAAAGGUUGAAGUGUUCCUCGAUGGUGGCAUAAGGAAAGGCUCAGAUGUUCUUAAGGCCCUUGCCCUUGGAGCCAAAGCCGUGUUCAUAGGCAGGCCUGUGGUUUGGGGUCUCGUCUACAAGGGUGAAGAAGGGGUGAAGGAAGUCCUCCAGAUUCUAAAAGAAGAGUUCCACUUAGCAAUGGCACUUUCUGGCUGUCGAAGCGUGGAAGGGAUAGAUGGAACACUGGUCCGGAGAAAUCAACAGGCUGCCUCCAAAAUCUAGCUAUUUUCUGCCUUUUGGAAAACUAUGGAAUUGGGUUUGCCCCACGUUAUCAAGAAAUACAAAGUGCAAAGUACAUUUUGAUGGAUUCCACUCAGUUGCUGAGAUUCAGAUUCUUUUCAAUUAUAUUUUUUUCUUUUAAAAAGAUUUAUUUGAUUUCCAUUUAAAGAAAAAUCAAUGCACCCUUUUGUAACUUCAGCCCUUGCAUUUGACAAAAGUUGUUUGAAGCUGUGCUGGUCGAAAAUCAAACCACAAUUCUUGUAAUACCUUGCAUUUAGGACAAACCAAAAUGUCUCAGACCAGAGUGCAAGCUUUCAAGUUCACCAGAACCAUUUAUCAGAAUGGAUGUUACAAAAUAAAAAAGAGGUGGGGGUGUGGGGGUGGGGAGAGAAGAUGGUUCAGGCCAUGAUUUAAAGAACACAAGAGCCCUUCUGGAUAAAAUCAGUGGGAGCCAGUUUGGUGUAGUAGUUAAGCAGUAGGACUCUAAUCUGGAGAGCCAGGUUUGAUUCCCCUCUCCUCUGUUUGAAGCCAGCAGGGUGACCUUGGGUCAGUCACAGCUCUCUCAGGGCUCUCUCAGCCUCACCCACCUCACAAGGUGAUUGCCAUGAGGAUAAUAAUAACACACACUUUGUAAACCGCUCUGAGCGUGGCAUUAAGUUGCCCUGAAGGGAGGUACAUAAAAUGAAUGUUGUUAUUAUUAUUUACAUAGCUUCUUACCAGUUACCCUGGUGGGUGAACAAACAAGGCACAAAAGCCAUGGCCUUUCCGUGAUGUUGUCUUUUAGCGCUGGAUUUCAGAUAUUUGCUGCCUCUGAAUAUGGAGGCUCCUUUUAUACACCAUAGAUAGAUUAAUCUAUCCUCCUUGAAUCUGACUAACCUCUUUUUAAGGCCUUUCCUUGCCAGCUUUCCUGUGUCACUCACUGGUAGGCAAGCAGAUCUAAUGUGGUGGUCCAUCUACACAUGCUCAGGCAUAGUUUCUGUAAUUUACAGGUGCCCUUGUCAUUUUUUUUCAUAGUUCAGAUUUUUCUUCAUAGCUGGGGUUUACAGAACUGUGGCUGGCUCCCGUUUUGUGGAAAUUUUGAUCUGCCCAGGGGCUAGCCCUUAGUUGUUAAAUAUAAAGGUUAGAUAGAUUUAUGAAGAGUAGGCCUACCAUUAACCAUGGUAGCAAACUUCCAGUAUCUGAGGCACCAUGCCGAGGAAGAAAUGAGAACACCAAUGAUGUAUUCUCAUUUUAUUUUUGUACGAACAAGCGAAGGUUCACAUGCUGGAAGACUUCAAGUCUGAAGUGGUAUAUUCCCGACGAGCGUUGGCCAUGUCAACAGAAAUGAGGCCAUAGUUUUAUGGAAUUGGCAGAAGUCUGAGCAUGAGAGAAAUAUGAUUUAUGAUGUUUCAUUCCACAACACAAAGUUGCGCUUUAGUACUGCAUAGUGAACAAGGCUGUAAGGGAUAAAUUCCUGACUAGAAAGUUGUCUUCCCGCCAGAGGGUGUUGUAGUAGUUUUUGAGAAGGUCUAGAUGCUAAACAAUGUCAGAAUGUAAACGGAAAUGGAGUUGGGGGCCCUCGCCUCGAGAGUGUGUGGCAGCCAAAUGCCUGGUUUGUAAAAUUCUGCGCUUUAUUUACUGUCGGAUGUACGGGGUUGCACAGCAACAGAUCUCUCUGUGCACUAAGGCUAAGCAAAUGUUUCUCAGUGUGUUUACCCCACUUAUCGUAUUUGUUGCAAUGUGGACUUUGUUGCAUGUCAGUUAAGAGAAAACAUCAGCGAAGUGUUUAUUUUGGAUAAUAUAAAUUUGAAGAUUGGAGAGUAGUGCUGUGUGUUUACAUGCUUAGAGUCUCAUUCCAAAGUUUAGAUGCAGUGACUUCCAAAUGCUCAGCCCUGUCCAGCUGGAGGAAGGUUUCCUUAUGCUCUGCCUGAGCCGUCAGGCAAAGAAGAAAAUCGACUUGUGCCUCACAAUUAAUUAUUUGCCGUUACAGAUUACAGCUGGAUUCCCUUGCCUUCUAAAAAAGCUCGUUCUAUGGUGUUAAUCCCCUCUGAGCCCGUUAUCAAGAAGGAAACUAAUGGAGAUAAAAUAUGUUUACUAACUUAAGCUAGUUAAGCAUUCUUUCCUUAAGUGGAAAUUAAAAGGUUUUCCAACUGCUUUGA